ACAACAAAUAAUAAAGGGGUAGAGAAAAUUUACACAGCCGAAAGAUUCCUAAUUGCCACUGGAGAAAGACCUCGCUAUCUCAACGUUCCAGGAGACAAAGAAUAUUGCAUCACCAGUGAUGACCUCUUCUCACUGCCUUACUGCCCAGGAAAGACACUGGUGGUUGGAGCAUCUUAUGUUGCUCUUGAAUGUGCAGGAUUUCUUGCUGGACUUGGUUUAGAUGUGACUGUCAUGGUGCGUUCCAUUCUCCUGAGAGGCUUUGAUCAGGACAUGGCAAAUAAAAUAGGAGAGCAUAUGGAAGAGCAUGGUGUAAAGUUCAUAAGACAAUAUGUACCCACUAAGAUUGAACAGAUUACGAAAGGAACUCCUGGACUGCUAAAAGUUACAGCUCAGGCUACAGAGAACUCUGACAUAAUUGAAGGAGAAUACAACACAGUAUUGCUAGCAAUAGGAAGAGAUGCCUGCACAAAAAAAAUUGGCCUACAGAAAGUUGGAGUGAGGAUCAAUGAAAAGACAGGAAAAAUUCCUGUUAAUGACAGGGAACAAACAAAUGUGCCUUACAUCUAUGCUAUUGGAGAUGUCCUGGAAGGCAAACCAGAACUCACCCCGGUGGCAAUUCAGGCGGGUCGGCUGUUGGUGAGGAGGCUUUAUGCUGGAUCAUACACAAAGUGUGAUUAUAUAAACGUCCCCACUACAGUGUUCACUCCUUUGGAAUAUGGAGCUUGUGGUUACUCAGAAGAAAAAGCAAUUGAAAGAUUUGGCAAUAAUAGGAUUGAGGUUUACCAUAGUUACUUCUGGCCAUUGGAGUGGACAGUCCCAUCCCGGGACAACAACAAAUGCUAUGCAAAAAUUAUUUGCAAUGUUCUAGAUAGGAAUCGAGUUAUUGGUUUCCAUGUGCUUGGUCCCAAUGCUGGAGAAAUUACUCAGGGAUUUGCAGCAGCCAUCAAAUGUGGAAUGACGAAAGAACAGUUGGACAGCACGAUAGGAAUCCAUCCAGUCUGUGCGGAGAUAUUCACUACAUUGUCGGUGACAAAGCGCUCUGGUGAAAAUGUUGUUCAGUCUGGAUGCUGAGGUUAAAGUCACCCGCUGUUUUGCCAUUGCCAAAGACUGACUUUCAUCACUGUUGCAACCUUCAGAAGUCCGCGGCUGGGAUGUAAGAACCAUUAAGACCUGCUUUCCUUCAUCUUCAGCCGGCAGAGGAGCAGAUGAAAAACCCUGAAAGCUGCAAAUUAAUGGUGAUGAUUGCACGGCAAGUGGUGUGACAGCGGGAUAGGCCCAUGAUCAAGAUGCUGCUGGCAAAGCAUUAGCAAGAUGCUUCCAUGAAGUCGUAGCCUAAAACCAGUUUCUCUGGUAGGCAAUGAUGGAAGAAUUGCCAGCACAGCUUGAAACUCUUUCUCUCAUUGGAAUAAAGAGACUUAGCUUCACUUUCAUGAUUUUUUUAUAGAUCCUCCAACAAUAUAAAACUAUCUGGACUUCUACAGAAACAAAUGAUCAGGUUCUGAACAAAUAAAUGUGUUCCUAAGAUUAAACAGCAGAUCAUUGUGCCCUCUCAAAUUCUGUAAAAUUGAAAGGGAUACCAUGUCACUGUUAUUCCUGUUUAGAAACUGUGCUGUAUCUCUGAUGCUAAUUACACUGAGUCAUUUCGACAGGAAAAAUCCCCCCCCCUCCAUCAUCAAAGUGAACCAUGUCUGAAUUAUUUAUAUAAAAGACUAUAUAGAAAAAGAUCUAUAAAUGUGUUCCUGAAAGCUUUUCUGGUUCAUAAUGUUCCUUCGUGCCUUCUGAAGUACUUUCUCUCUCUCAAUGUGCUGGAUAUUAAUGUAUUCUGUUUAAAUCUACAACAUCCCAUUUCCACACACAUCACUCCUGUUCAAUUGUGACUGAAGAAAAAUGGGCAGUCUGUAGCCAGAUUAUUUCUGUAAGUAAUCAGUUACUCUAUUGCAGGAUUCUCUAAUCAGUUAGUUUAUUGCAGGACUCUCCCAAGUCCCUGAAAGGAGUUUUAGAGAAAGAAUGGUAUUUGUCACUUCUGAUUUAGUCCUGUUUCCUUGGUACCUCCCAAGGGUUUUGUAAAAGAAAUAUUCCUUCCCCCUUCAAUCUGGCAGGUGCAAAAGAUCAAAUCCACACAUAAAGGUCCAAUUAAACUGAUUUAUUGUUAAACAGCCCAUGCACAGGAAUCUUCUUAACUAAUGGUUAGUAUCUGCUUCAAGUUAGAUAAGGGUCCACCGAAUUCAAGACUGGAGGGAAAGUUGAAUUUAGCUGCUUGUGGCUACAUAUGGAUUUUAGGCUGAUUCCUCUUUUAACUUCACUCCCAGGUUCUGCCACUCCUCCUAUAUAAUCCCAACAUAAAUUAAAACUUUGAAUAAAUGAUUUAAGGGCACUGUGACUUAUGUUCUGAGAAUGAUAUGUGCCUUCCUCAGCAAAGUAGUGCGGGACAUAGUUGCAAUGGUUUUCUCUAUGUCCUGCUUCAUACAUUACAUUAGAUCCUGGUUUGCUUAGCCAGCUGCAAUCAGCUGGGUUCAAUCCACUGCUACAGUAUAAGCUGUCUGAUAUAGUAACUGAUUAUUCAAUCUGUUGAAACAAAUCAUUAUUUCAUAGCAUGAUUCAUGAUUUCAAAACAUGAAAUAAUCUUUGUUAUUGCAGGUCACGUGAUGCUAGUUAUGUGAUGCUAGUUUGUUUCCAUUAUCAGCUGGAUUGAACUCUAAAUGAUCUUUCUUGGAUUGGCUGUUGGUUUAGGAGUCAAAAUGUUGGCUCAAAAUUUAUUCAAUGUAUAUAUACAGAAUAUAUAGUAUAUUAUUAUUUUAUAUAAAUUAA